AAUGUGUCGCACGGAUGACACCGCCUCUGUGCAUUGCGUAAAGAAACGAAAGCAAAAAUGCUUGUAAUGGGAAAACAAAAGAGAAAUUGACAUUAAAAACAGAAAUCACACAUCAGCGCUCCUCAUAUUCGCGUGAGGAGAAGCGGUCCCGUCAUCUUUUUAGGUUUCUGUGAUAUGGCGGGAAUAAUAAGGCAGCAGAAGGGUAAUAGAGCGUGACAGGAGUUUUGAUGGCCCACUUUGACACUGAGUACCAGCGCCUGGAGGCGUCUUACAGUGACUCUCCUCCUGGAGAAGAGAAUCUGCUGGUGCAUGUUCCAGAGGGAUCCAAAUCUCCAUGGCACCACAUUGAAAAUCUGGACCUGUUCUUCCAGAGAGUCUAUAAUCUCCACCAGAAGAAUGGAUUUACCUGUAUGCUCCUGGGAGAAAUAUUCGAGCUUGUGCAACUGGUGUUUGUGGUGGCAUUCACAGUGUUUCUGGUCAACUGUGUGGACUAUGACAUUCUCUUCGCAAACAAGUUUGUCAAUCACACCGAUUCGUCGAAGGUUACACUGCCAGACGCCAUUCUUCCAGUGGACGUGUGCAGUGCUCGGAUCCGGGACAAUGUUUUUGUCAUCUUUAUCAUUCUCAUAUCAGGAGUCUUUUGGCUCCAUCGACUCGUGAAGUUUAUGUACAACAUCUGUUGCUACUGGGAGAUCAGAUCAUUUUUUAUUAACGCCCUGAAAAUGUCCAUGGCGGAUCUUCCGUACUUCACCUGGCAGGAGGUGCAGGCGCGGAUCGUUGAGAUACAGAAGGAGCACCAGAUCUGCAUCCACAAGAAAGAACUGACAGAGCUCGACAUUUAUCACCGUAUACUGCGUUUUAAGAACUACAUGGUGGCCAUGGUCAACAAGUCCCUUCUCCCCGUGCGCUUUCAUUUACCUCUGCUGGGCGACACGGUUUUCUACACCCGCGGCCUGAAGUACAAUUUUGAGCUGAUUUUCUUCUGGGGUCCCGGAUCGCUUUUCGAGAACGAGUGGAGUCUGAAGGCCGAAUACAAACGCGGAGGAAACCGCUUGGAGUUGGCCGAUCGUCUGAGCUCCAGGAUUUUGUGGAUCGGAAUCGCCAACCUUCUCUUGUGUCCCGUCAUUCUCAUUUGGCAGAUUCUCUACGCGUUCUUCAGCCACACGGAGGUGAUCAAGCGCGAGCCGGGGAGUCUGGGAGCUCGAUGCUGGUCGCUGUACGGCCGGUUUUACCUCCGACACUUUAAUGAGCUGGAUCAUGAGCUGAUGUCCCGUCUCAGUAAGGGCUACAAGGCGUCUUCCAAAUACAUGAACUGCUUCAUGUCACCAUUGCUGACAGUGGUGGCCAAGAACGUGGCAUUCUUCGCUGGUUCCAUCCUAGCGGUGUUGAUUGCUCUCACCAUUUAUGAUGAAGACGUGUUGGCCGUGGAGCACGUGCUCAGCAGCAUCACGUUAUUGGGAGUCUGCAUCACAAUCUGCAGGUCUUUUAUCCCAGACAAGCAUAUGGUGUUCUGUCCCGAGCAGCUGCUUAAAGUCAUUCUGGCACACAUCCACUACAUGCCGGAUCACUGGCAGGGUAACGCCCACCGCUACGAGACCAGAGAUGAGUUCGCUCAGCUCUUUCAGUACAAGGCUGUGUUUAUACUGGAGGAGCUGCUGAGUCCCGUCAUCACACCGUUCAUUCUCAUCUUCUGCCUGCGCCGCAAGUCUUUGGAGAUCAUCGAUUUCUUCAGAAACUUUACUGUGGAUGUGGUCGGUGUGGGCGACACUUGCUCUUUUGCACAGAUGGAUGUCCGUCAACACGGUCAUCCGGCGUGGAUGUCUGCGGGGAAAACAGAGGCCUCCAUCUAUCAGCAAGCAGAAGAUGGGAAGACGGAGUUGUCGCUUAUGCACUUUGCCAUCACAAACCCACACUGGCAACCCCCUCGAGAGAGUACACACUUCAUCAGUCAGCUGAAGGAGAAAGUGCACCGAGAGGCCAGCGGGGGGCAGCAGGGAAUCCUAACAGAUAACGCUGUCUUUACCUCAACUCAUUCACUACAGUCUGAUUCGGAGCCUCACAGUCUUAUUGCAAAUCUUCUGAUGGGACCCCCGUCUCUGUCCUCGCUGCAUCUGGGUCGUGAAGGCUCCAUCAAUCCUGUAUCUGUCGGAGCGAGCGAGGGGGCAUCCGCCCUCCGAUCUCUCUCUCCAAUCAGCUCCAGUAUACACCUGCGGGGCAGCUACCCAUCUGCCAGACUCCCACGACCUGACCAACCGGCUUUAGCGGCCAGCCGUGCCAUGACGGGCUCAGGUACGGAUGCCCAGACCAUCAGCUCCGGCAGUAGUGCGUGGGAAGGUCAGCUGACCAGUAUGGUCCUAUCAGAAUACGCCUCCACAGAGAUGAGCAUUCAUGCUCUCUACAUGCAUGAGAUGCAUAAGCAGCAGUCUCAGGGUGAGCUGUCUCGACACACCUGGUACAGACAGGAGAGUGAUGAGAGCAGCGAGAGCGUCAACGAAGACCUGGAAUCCACCCGUAAUUUCCCUCGCUCCAGCACUUUCCCCUGCACCACCACUCCACACCAGGAGGGGGCAGCACAUCACAGCAGCAGACAGCAGAGACGCCACGGAGGAACCACAGACUCUGUUCCUGGAAGCUCUCGAGUGCAGAGGACACCUCGCGUGCCCUUGGGUGGAUGGUCUGAAGAGACCCGAACGGGGCGGCACCACGACACAGUGCCUGAAGAGGGGUCUGAGGACGAGCUACCGCCUCGCGUCCAUAAAGUGUGAAUUAACAGAUGUAUCGUGGACGAAGAGAGACUCAUCUAUUUGCAUCUGAUCACAAAAGUCGUAUUUAUUUUCUCUCAAGAAUCCAGACUUGGUUAUGUGUCACAACGUGGCAUCAUGUCAGAUAUUUACACGGCUUUAAAUGAGUUAUUAAGAUUUUAUUUGACUAGGGAUUGAUUGCUCUCUAACCCACCCAAUAACCAUUUUUUACAGAACAUCUGACUAAAUGAUCCAAACUGACACAUUCUGAUCCUGUUAAAAUAGUUUUUUUAUUUGUAUGUUUAUCUGUAACGUUCAGAUAAUUGUUUAUUCUCCUUUUUAGAAGCUUAUUGUACAUAGGAAAGUGUGUUUACAGACUGGAAUAAGCAGUGCGGUUGACAUUAUUUUUCCCACAGAGGACAUCGAGUGUCAAGUAGAGUUGUGUUUAUUUAACUUCCACAGUUCUCUUGUCCAAAAGUGAAAGUCAGUGUUGAUGUCUCAUAAAAUGAACACAAUAAAUGAUAACGUGCAGUGUGCCAUGACAAGCUUUGAAAUUGUACGGAAUAAGAUUUUAUUGUGAGGUCUGGAGGGGAAAGCCACUGGAGAUCAUUCAAGCAUGCCACUGAAAAAAAUGAUUAUAAAUUUUUUUCUUGUUGUUUGCACAAUAUUGAGGAAGAAUGCACUUUAUCUCUUUUUAAUCCAAAUGUUGAUUCUUGGGCAAUGCGCUAAUCCGACAGAACACUGUUUUGGAUGCCGUAUCUUGUGUUUAUAGAGAAAAUCCCUAUAUUUGUCAAUCACAUUUUCAGUUUAUUUGACAUUCAUCAUGGCACUUGUGAAUGUGCAUUGUUUUUUUCCCAAUAUCUCAGGACUGUUUGUUUUUGGUUCUGAAGUUAUCCAAAAAGUGCAUGAAACUCGCAGCUUUCUGCACUCUUCUCACACCCGUGACUGCUAAAGAGAAGAAGAUCAAACUGUGUGUAGUUUGUGCAAACUUUUUCAACCUCAUUUCUAGAAAAGCACUCCCAUCAAAAUGCAAAAUGUGUUAUUUAGUUUCACGUGAACUGACAUCUGUUAUAUUGCUGUCAUGCAUCAUGCUUGCGUAGAGAAAGUGUCAAUCGUGCAUGACCUUUGACCUUUAAACCAGUAUCUGCUUGUAAUUAUUGGCUUGAAAAAAGCUUCUGUGACCGACUGCAGCUCCGCACUGUUUUGAGUUUUCUAGACCUAGACGGUGUUGUAUAUUUACAUUUUGUACAGUUGUAAAUUCAUCAAUAAAGA